AUGGAGUCACCCCAGAAAAUAAGUAAUUUAUUCUCAUAUAGAUAUCAAACCAGAAAAUAUUAUGAUUCAAAAAUAUUACAACCUUAACUUAUUUAAAUCAUUGAUUUUGGAUUAUCCUAAGAAUUAUAUAGCAAUUCUAAAGAUGCAUUUAUUGGCUCAUUAAAUUUUGCCAGCAGACAAUCGCACAAGGGAGAACAACUAGGUUACAAAGAUGAUUUAGAAAGUCUCUUGUAUGUUUUGGUUUACUUAAGAAAUUGUAAGUAUUUUCUUUAGCCUUAGUAACUUUGCCUUGGUUCCAAAAACCAUCUUGGGGAUGUAGGGAAGUAGACAUCUAAGUCAUUGGCAGGAUCAAGUCAUUUCAUUUUAACACCACCUCCUUAACUCAGAAUUUCCCUUUAUAGUUUUAGGAGAUCACGUCUUACAUAGGCUCAUUAAAGAACAACAUCUUGCCAGAUUAUGGUUAUCUCAAAAGCUUGUUUUUGGAAAUGA